AUGAGAUUCCUCUUUAGCUGUUUAUUACUUUUUAUUUUAUCGCUGCGACAAUGUCAUGCUGCUAUUACCAUUCUUGCAACGAAUGAUACCCUGGCUGACCGUUUAGCAGCAUUUGGGCCUAGGAUAGAACAGCCCAUCAUAGGUUAUCUUUCGAUGCCAAUGCAUGAUAUCUACGGCUGUUCUGCUGUAACUGAAAUGAAAGAAAAUUGGAUUGCCGUCAUAGAACGAGGACAGUGCUCUUUCUUACAAAAGGUUCAAUCAAUGCAAGCCAGUGGAGCUAUUGCAGUUGUUGUAGGUGAUAAGUACCUCAACAGAUGGGUGACUAUGUAUGCACCAGGUGAUACCCUGAGCGUUCAUAUACCAAGUGUAUUCGUAGCACAAUAUCCAUAUAGGAUGUUGUUGGAAUUACUUGAAUCCAGAAACAAUUCACUACUGGCGGAAAUAACGGGCGACGAUCUUUUAACAUGGCCACUCUUGGAUAUGUUGCUGAUUGUUGUUUUAUCACCUGCUGUCAUGAUGCUCUUUGUUUAUUUAACAUGGCAAUUAAGGCAAAGACAACAUAAACAAAAUGACAUGGCACCUACUCAACUCGUUGCCAAGUUACCAACCUAUGUGUUUCGAAGAGAAAAAGUGACAGAUACAGAUCACAUGGACUGUGCGAUAUGUUUAGAGGAUUAUUUAGAAGGAGAUAAACUAAGAGUUCUACCUUGUAAGCAUGAGUUUCAUGCUAAAUGUGUAGAUGCGUGGCUUACGUCACACAAAAAAUUUUGUCCAAUCUGUAAGUUUGAUAUCUGUCAAAAAGUCAAUGAUAUAUCUAAAUCGAGACCAAAUGAACGUACGCCACUGUUGAAUGCAUGA